UUUAGUGAAAAGUUCGUAAAUUUUUUUGGAUUAAUAAUGAAAUUUGCUUGGAUUUUUGCAACUUUGUAUUUACUUAACGGUUUUGGUCCUAGUGUGGUAAACAGUACUUGUGUGUUGGAGUCCGAUUUUGGUAUAAUACUCAACUGCGCUUUUAAGAAAUCUGGUUUGUUUCGAGUACGAAAUCUUGGUGGUGUGAAAGCUCACGUAGGUCUAGGUUUCUCCGUAGGCGAUGAGUUGGGUUUCAAUGAAUCAUUAUCAAAUUUGGAAGGAAAUAAACGUCGAUCAAGUUCGGGACGUGUUGCUCAGACUGCACAGAAAAGGGAUAAUCGAAUAGUUGUGCAAAAUGUCCAAAAUCCUCCAACUAAGGUCAAAACAGAUCGUUCGGUGCAAAGCAGCAACGCGAUUGUUUCAACAACACCACCUGUUAUUAAAAAGAAGGUAACGACUUCAAGUACCACGCCUCCGUUCAAACCAAUCCCACCGGCACUCGAUCCAAAAUUAAUUAUUGGAUCGGCAAUACGACCAACAGCCACGAAAACUACAUCGAAACAAUCAGUUGAUCCCAUUCCAGAGUUCCAUGCAAUGCCUGCAUCAGUUGUGAAUGCAUACACUUCUGCCCAGCAUUCCAAUGAGAAAGUUGCCACGGAAACAAAAGUUAACCAUUUGUCAGCGAAUAAUUUGCUACAACGUGUUAUGACUACAAAUUCAUCCGAUUUAAAUCUAAACGGAUUAUCCGCGGCAGAAUUGGAUAUAAUUGCACGCAAAGAGGCGCUGAAACGAAAACAAAUUCUUAUUGCUGCACAACAAGCUUCUGCUGCGCUUACAUCAACAACGACUACCACAACCCAAGCUCCUUUAACUACAAAAAUCAAUCCCGUACGAAGUGGAGUAGCAGCUACCGCGAAUAAACAUUACUCGACAACAUCUAGUAAAGUCAUGAACGCACCCAAAGAAUAUUAUCCAGUUGGAUAUGAUAAAAAUUUCGAUGAUAACUUUGUAUCGCGUGUGGAAUUACCAGAAACAUCUUUCUAUUGUGGAGACCAAAAACAUUUUCCAGGAUUAUACGCGGAUGAAGAUUUAGGAUGUAUGGUUUUCCACGUAUGCGCUUUAACGGACGACGGAUUAAUAAUGAAAAGUUUUCUAUGUCCUGAGUCUACACUGUUCGAUCAAACAAUUUUAAAAUGUAAUUGGUGGUUCUAUGUUGAUUGCAAGAAUUCAAAAUCGCUGUACGACUCCAAUAUACCAAUCUCGAAGAGUUAUCAACUAAUGAAAGCAUUGACAUUCUUUUCAUCCAUCAAAAAAGAUUCAAGUGAAAAAAAUUAGAAAAAUUUUCCAAAUAAAUUUAGUGUAAUAUUUUACCUCCCCACCCCUGUUUUGUGUCUAGCCAUUUAAAUAGGACUCAUAAACCAAAAAUCUAGUUACAAAAAAUAUAUUAUACAUAUAUAAUAAAUUAUAAAUGGCCAUUUUUUCUUAGAUUAUUUUGUCUUCCACGGUUUACGGAUAAGUUACGGAUAGAGUGUGCUCAAGCCGGGG